AUGAAUAAUUAUUUUCAACCUUUCUCUGAAAUCAAAGGGUAUUAAAUACAAGCUUUAAUAGGAAUAGGAGGAUUUGGAUAGGUUUAUAAAGCCAUUUAGAAAGAUUUAAAAAAAGAAGUAGCCAUAAAAGUGAUAGAAAAAGAGAGAUAUUAGGAAAAUGAUGGACUUUUCGGGAAGCUAGUGGAGUCAGAAAUUAAGGCCUUGUAAUUAGUAAAGAGUGACCAUAUUAUUGAAUUCUAUGAAGCAUUUGAAGAUGCUAAAUAUCGUUUCAUAGUAUUAGAAUAUUGCGAUUCCGGAGACUUAGAUAAUCAAUUGAAGAAUCCUAAGUUUAAAAUAACUGAAUAAGAUGCAAUAGGAAUUUUUAAGCAAAUUUUGAAAGGUCUCAGAGAUUUACAUGCAAAACAUAUCAUACAUAGGGAUUUGAAAACAUAAAACAUAAUGGUUCAUAAUAAUUCUAUUUAUAAAAUAGGCGAUUUAGGGUUUUCAAAGAUCUUAGAUGCUGCAGAUCAAAAAUCCAAUUUACAAUUAGGUAGCUUAUAUACAAUGGCUCCUGAAAUAUUCAAUUAGAAACCUUAUGGAUUAGCUUCAGACAUGUUUUCCUUGGGAGUUAUCUUCUAUUUCAUUCUAUACAAUAGACUUCCAUUCAAAUAGAAGGAUUACUUACAAGAUGAUCAACCAAACUUUAAUUUUGAGAAAAACUAAAUUGAAGUGUCAAAUUCGACUUAAGAUCUCUUGAUCUAGAUGCUGUAAUUUGAUCCUUAAAAGAGAAUUACGUUUUAGAAUGUAAUAAAUCAUCCAGCUUUUGAAAAGCAAAAAUUUAGUAUGAUGAGCAGGAUACAAUUGCAAGCCAAUAGAAUUCCCUUUGAAGACUAUUAAGAGUUCUACGUUGAAAAAACAGCCGAAAUAGAACAACACUUCUUAAUUGAUUUUGGUUAUCAACAAAAUAUUCCCUAAGUAGAUAAAGCUAAGCAAUAACCCUAAAGAUAUAUCAAGAUUUCUGAAGUAGUGGACAUUUAAGAAUACAAAGCUAAUAAAUUAGGGGUAGAAGUAGACAAAAUCACCCAAAAGAUUAAUCAGAUGUACUACUUUUCAAACACUAUCCAGGAAAUGGUAUAAAUUUUUCAUUCACCCAAUUUAAUUGCUUUGUUGUGUUUAAAAUUAUCAUAAUUGUGUGAAGAAAUACUCAAAAUGAUUUUUGAAAAUAAAGAUGAAUAUCAAAAUCAGUAGCAAUAUAAGGAUGAAUUUGUAAAUCUUGAAUUAUAGGAGCGUGAAAUGUUAAUUUUAGAUGAUGGAAUAAAAUUUUAAUUGAGAGAUCUCAGAGAGUAACUAAUUAAUUUCGAUGAUGCAAAAUUUGCUCAAUCUUUAUCAGAUAAUUUACCCAAAUAGUAAUUUAAUGCUAUGUUCUUUCAAAUAUUGUAAAAGUUUCUUGAAUCUGAAAAUUAUUAAAUUACUAUUGCAUCAUCCCAUUUAGUUAACUGCUAUUUAUUUUGCAUCACUGAGAAUUCAUAAUUUUUAGACUUCAAUGAAAUGACCUUUAACCUCAACAAAUCUAACGAAAUACAUAAAGAUUCAGAAAAUCUUUUAAACAAAAUUUAAUUAUUUUCCGAAAAAAUUAAUAGUUAAGAAUAUUGAUAAAUAUGAAUUCUAAAAUAAUAAGUGAUAAUACUUAUAAAUAAGCAAAA